UUUAAAAUUCAGCCAUGGAGUUUUGCUGUAGCAAGAAACAAGUGCGCGUUUGACCAGCCAUGGGUCGUCCAAGAGGCUGUUUACUUGCAGCAAGUGUUCUUUAAAGCUUAUUAAUGAAAUAUUACAGUUAUUUCAUGAUGGGAGAGGACGGGGUAUUACAAAAGCUGGGUAAUAUGAAGGCUCUGUUGGGCAUCGUAGCAGGAGCAGGAGCUUCGUAUGGACUCUACAAAAUGUUGCUGCGCGCCUGCAGAGAAGAUCCAGAGGGAAAGAAAAUAAAGGAGAGAGAAAGUGGGAAUAUACAACCAGGAAGUCUGAUGGCCAAAGUGUCUGGAUUUAAUGUUGUUAGUGGAACUCUGAGAACAGAAGUUGCGUCAAGUGAAAUUCUCUCCAAAUCCCCCAGCAGUCUGGAGCCUCGACACCUCAGCAUGCUUCUAUCUCUCCUACAGAGCUGCCCGAACCCAGCGGAGAGAAAACAAGUCCUUAUAACUUUAGGAAAUGCUGCAGCUUUUACAGUGAACCAGGAUCUCCUUCGUGAAUUUAGAGGUCUUCAUAUCAUUGCCAGCUUCCUUUCUGACCCUGAACCUGAUGUCAGAGUGCAGACACUGAAUACCUUGAAUAACCUGAGCAUGAACAUCCGUAACCAAGAGCAGCUGCAGAUCUAUGUUCCUUCAGUGUUGGAGCUGAUUGAGAUGUCCCCUGUGAACUCGGAUCUUCAAAUGGCAGCACUGAGGUUACUGACAAAUUUGACCGUCACAGAUAAUCAUCAGCAUUUACUGAAGAACUCCAUCAUGCUGCUCUUGUCACUACUUGUAGUGAGCAACAGUGGUCUUCAGAUCCAGGUUUUAAAGGUUCUAGUCAAUUUAUCAUCUAAUCCAGACAUAAUGGACGAAAUAGUACAAGCCCAGGCUCCUGCUUCCCUGGUGCUCCUCUUUGAUUGCUGCACAAGCACAGAAGUGCUUCUUCGCCUUCUGGUCUUCAUAGGGAACCUGCGGGCUUGGAGACCAUCUGCACAGGUAGCCGAAGCUCUGAGGAGGCGACCGGACACCCUCUACUGUGUGCUGCUAGACAGCUGCUCUCAGAUACACAGCAGACUCCCUCUGCUCCUCUCCCACCCUGAUGGAGAGGUCAGAGCUCAGGUGGUGCGGCUCCUCGCUUAAACUCUCCUCUGGACUCCACCUUGAGCUCCAUCAGACAUAAGGUCCAGUCCCGCCUGGCCAGUGCACUUAAAAAUACAGCUUACGUGUGUAAAAAUAUGUGUGUUCAGUGGGAUUGCUUCUCCUGAUUCAGUCUUUAUUGAAUGCAAAUAUUUGGUGAAGUAAUGAACAACUAAUAAUGGGUCUAUAUGAAACUAAAGGAAUUCUGCAGCGUUUUCAAACUAAACUCUGCAUAAAGGUUCCUCAAUGUUUACUUGGGUUGUUAUCAGUUCUAGCUUUUUAAAGGGGUUCUGAGUUUCCCUGAACACUUUGCUGUAGAAUUGUAAAGAAAAUACUGGGUUCUCGCACAGCGAUAAACCAAAGAAUCUCUGUAACCUUUUUCUGUGAUUACCACAUAAAAUUGACACAUUUGCUUAUUGAGAAAAGAACACAAGAUCUGUUUACUCAAACACACUUAUAACUAAAACCAAAAACUCUUAUAACAUAAACAUUUAAAAUAUAUGGGUAUAUAAUACAGACUCAAAACUACAACCAUUAUAUUAAAAGGAAUAUGUCUUGGGAUGAGAGAGACAUGAAAGAAAGCUGUUAUAAAAUUUUGCGUAACCACAAACUCUUCUCUCUAAAAAAUUGUUCUGUGGGAAUUAAUUGAUUGCUUGAUUGAUUGUUUAAUUUUAUUUCCAAAUAUCAUUGAAUGAAAAGCAUUCUACAAACAUGCAUACUCGGUAUAAAGGUUUAUCCACUGCCCCAACUACUGAUUGUAUUGGAAAAACUCAGCAGUGUUCUGUUAAAAUGCAUUUAUUGUUUUUUAGAAGAAACAUUUAUCUACAUCUGAAAGUGAAGCCACUCUUUUUGUCCUCAAUUUUCACUCCUUUGUGCUUAUGUCCCUCCUGGAAGGCAGCAAGGGAAAUGUACAAGUAAAAGGAAAAGCAGUGAAAGUAAACAGAUUUAUAUACAUACAGGUGAUACAUUAAAGGGGGGAAAAAACACUGCCUCUGUUAUGCUGUAGAGAGCAUUUAGAGUGGAGUGUCACUACAAAUCAGUACAACGUUCUUCUGUUUGUUCCUGUGAUGAAACAUUUCUGUCCUGAUGGGGAGUGGUCUCUUCCAGGAUGACUCUGCCUCCAGCUGAAUUCUCACUGGAUGGUUUAUUGAGGAUGAAAAUAAUGGAAAUCAUAAGCUGUUUUUUUCAGUCACUAGAGCUCAACACAACUGAACACCUCUGGGAUAUUUUUGGACACCAACUGAAGGAUUCUAUUUUGGAAGAAUUGUGUUCAUCCAUUCAACACCUCCAGAUACUUGGAGUCUAUGCCAAGGUGCAUUAAACCAGUUCUGGUGACUCAUGUUUCCUUUAAUUUGUCACCUGUCUGUAAAUAUAAUGUUAAUUCCUCAGGCUAGUUUCAGUGGAUAGUAUGUGCUCAGUGAUUACCUCCUGAGAGGUACCCCUCCUUUGCCACAUAUCAAGUUGCAAGUGCCAAAAACUCUAACCAAUGAAUGAGUGUUUCACUCUAGCUGGUCUCCUACACACAAAGUGCUUCCUGUAGCUUUCUUUUUCUUAGCUAAUCAUAUAUUGCAAAAGUAAUAUAUGCUUGAAAGGUCUUUGUGAUGGACAACAGAUGCAAUUUGAAUGUUUAAUUUCUCCAGUGCUGUGUAUUUUUCUGCAUGUGUUGAGUGCAGUGCAAGUAUUUCCCUGCUUAUGUAUUAUAUAACUCUGCAUUAUGCUAGGUGUGUAAUUGAAAGACCUGUUUGGGUAAUAUAUAAUUACUGUAACUGGAAAAGCCAGUAAUGUGAAUACGUUUACGAAUUGUACCGUAGUUGUGUGAAUUUUAGUGGAUCGGUUGUCAUGUGCUCUGCUACAGUUGUCAUUUGGUCUUCUACAGUUGCAUUUUUCAGAGUAGCAUAACAUGACUGCCACUGCUCUUAAUGAUUGCUCAAUUGAGGCACAUUUUAAUGUUUGUAUGAAAAACUUUGAAAUAAAUUAUUUUAUUUUGGAUAACUAUCA